GCCGUCCGCGCGGCGGGCUCGGCGGCGCUCUGGGCCGGGCCGGGCGGGAGGCCGGUCCCGCGGGCGGGGGCGGGGGCGGCUCCGCGCUUCUCCCGCCGCCGCGGCCGAGGGGAGUUUCCAGGAAGUGGCCAUAUUGGAGCCAUUCAGCCGCAGCCGCCGGGCGCCGCGCGCCCCGCAGCCGCCGUCCCGCCGCAGCCCCGCGCUCGUCCGGCCCGCGCGCCGGUGCGGAGCUCGCCAUGGCGGCCGCGGACCUGGAGCGCGUCCCGAGUGCAGAGCCGGAGCCACGGAGCCUCUCCCUGGGCGGCCACGUGGGCUUCGACAGCCUCCCGGACCAGCUGGUCAGCAAGUCGGUCACUCAGGGCUUCAGCUUCAACAUCCUCUGCGUGGGGGAGACUGGCAUCGGCAAAUCCACACUGAUGAACACGCUCUUCAACACGACCUUCGAGACUGAGGAAGCCAGUCACCACGAGGCGAGUGUGCGCCUGCGGCCCCAGACCUACGACCUCCAGGAGAGCAACGUGCAGCUCAAGCUGACCAUCGUGGACGCCGUGGGCUUCGGGGACCAGAUCAACAAGGAUGAGAGUUACAGGCCCAUCGUUGACUACAUCGACGCACAGUUUGAAAGCUACCUGCAGGAGGAGCUGAAGAUCCGCCGCUCGCUCUUCGACUACCACGACACGAGGAUCCACGUUUGCCUCUACUUCAUCACACCCACGGGGCACUCCCUGAAGUCCCUGGAUCUGGUGACGAUGAAGAAACUGGACAGCAAGGUGAACAUUAUCCCCAUCAUCGCCAAGGCUGACACCAUCUCCAAGAGCGAGCUCCACAAGUUCAAGAUCAAGAUCAUGGGCGAGCUGGUCAGCAACGGCGUCCAGAUCUACCAGUUUCCCACGGAUGACGAGGCCGUCGCAGAGAUUAACGCAGUGAUGAACGCUCACCUGCCCUUUGCCGUGGUGGGCAGCACCGAGGAGGUGAAGGUGGGGAACAAGCUGGUCCGAGCGCGGCAGUACCCCUGGGGCGUGGUGCAGGUGGAGAACGAGAAUCACUGCGACUUCGUGAAGCUGCGGGAGAUGCUCAUCCGGGUGAACAUGGAGGACCUGCGCGAGCAGACGCACAGCCGGCACUACGAGCUCUACCGGCGCUGCAAGUUGGAGGAGAUGGGCUUCCAGGACAGCGACGGCGACAGCCAGCCCUUCAGCCUGCAGGAGACGUACGAGGCCAAGAGGAAGGAGUUCCUGAGCGAGCUGCAGAGGAAGGAGGAGGAGAUGAGGCAGCUGUUCGUCAACAAAGUGAAGGAGACGGAGCUGGAGCUGAAGGAGAAGGAGCGGGAGCUGCACGAGAAGUUCGAGCACCUGAAGCGCGUCCACCAGGAGGAGAAGCGCAGGGUGGAGGAGAAGCGCCGGGAGCUGGAGGAGGAGACCAGCGCCUUCACCCGCAGGAAGGCGGCGGUGGAGGCGCUGCAGUCGCAGGCCCUGCACGCGACCUCGCAGCAGCCGCUAAGGAAGGACAAGGACAAGAAGAAUUAACGCACGCACAGACUUACAUGUCAAGAGUGGACUUUAGUCUUUCAUGUGUUAAGUUGCUUGAGUUACACCCUGUGACCCUUCUCCCAUAACAUGGUGUGAGGACGGACUGGGAGCGGUACAGACUCCACUGUUUACAGCCUCGCUUUGCCCCCGGCCCGGCUGCCUGGGGCCCGGCGGGCCGCCCCCUCUCUAUGCAAACACGCAAAAGCCAUGAAUGCUGGAAUCCAAAACUGACAAGGUUUAUUUUUUUCAGAGCCAGUGGCUGGUCUUCCAUUUACAGUGUCACUAUUCCUUGACGGAGCAGUUAUGUGCCGCUCUAGCGGAGGCCCCGGCCGGCGACGCCGGGCCACGCUGGGCCUCGUUGUCCGGCGUCGAGACGGCAGCUCACUGGGCGCCCUAGGCGCGGCCGCGUGGUCUGGUAUACAUGCUGCAAAAUUCGCCCCGUUCCCCUUCAUUUUAAUUUUUCUAACCUGGAGCUUCAUUUUAAUAAUAACUUUAAAACACUUCUAAAUUUUUAUUUUGGCACCAGCAUAAAGACAAAUAAUAUCCUCUCCCAUUAUUUUCAUAAAUAACACAGAUUCUCUGGUUUUUAAAAACUAAAAAUAUCUCUAAACCUUUCUUAUGUGUAAAAGUACUCCUAUAAUAUACAGGGAGAGGCGGGUAAUAAACUUCCUGUCAUGACA